GUGAUUCUUUCCACGUCACACCGCAGCCCAAAUUUCAACGUCAAGCAAACGCCGCAUAGUCAUGCUGAUUGAGAAUAGAACAUUGCGCGCAAUUAAGGACCAUUUUCAUAACCUCUAUUCAAUUUAAAUAUUGACAUUCCGGAAAAGGUAUCAACUCCCCCUUGUGGGGUAAAAAGGUAGCUGUGGGUUGAAAUGUGGUUGCCCUGACGUUGGAAGCGCACAGUUCUACCUGUCCGUCUCUUGUACGAGGGAAAGGCGGGAAACCAUGGCGGAACUCCCCGAAUCAGAGCCCCGAAUGUACCGUUUUGGGAAAGUCGCAUGUGGGAUACUGACUCACGUGCUUUGUGUUGUCUUAACGGUGCUUAUCACGGUAUUGGCCAAGCCUGGAACAAGUUUGUUCUCUUGGCACCCUUUCCUGAUGACACUGGCGUUCUCCCUCUUCAUGACAGAGGCUGUGCUCCUCUUCUCUCCACAUUGCUCUCCCAUUCGGAAGCUUUCCCACAAGACCAAGGGACGUGUCCACUGGAUCCUGCAGUGCCUCUGUGCCAGCUGUGCCACCCUGGGCCUGGCAUCCAUCUUCUACAACAAGCACCUGAACGGCAAGCCCCACUUCGCCUCGUGGCACGGCCUGGUGGGCCUGGGGACAUUGUGUGUUGUUGGGGUGCAGUCUCUGGCCGCUCUGCCCCUCCUCUACCACUCCCUGGCUAAGGGGUGGUCCCUGGCUAAGCUGAAGCGCUACCACGCAGCAUCUGGCCUAGUCACUUACCUGCUGGGAAGUGUCAGUCUGCUCCUGGGCAUAUGCUCAGUGUGGUUUACAGGCGCUGUGGGAGGAUACACUUGGUACCUGGCAGCACUGUGCCCUGCCCUCAGCACCCUGGUCAUCAUGAGCCAGGUGUCCAAUACCUACAUGGCUAAGAAACGGCUGGUGUCCUGACCAGGCUGGCCGCCAAAACCAAGCUCACAAACAGCAGCCAUAAACUGUUUCUGUAUUCAAAUGAAGCUUUAAUAAAAGCUUUACUGUAAGGCUCGCCGUAGGGCUAUCUUUGGAAGACCAACCUGCAUUCUGCCUAAUGCCCAAAAGUACCAGUGCCUUACAUUGGUGAAAUUAUGGUUUUGUUACAUCUACUGCUGAACUAUUUCUAAUUUCAAAGUUUGGUCUAUGUGUAUGUUAAUUCUACCUUGAGCAAAAAAAGUGCACGGAAUCACCAAUGAGCAUAGCUUAGCUGGUUUUUUUUUUUUAUGUGAUGACAGGCCUCGGUCUUUUUGAGUAUUUAGUAGUGUAUAGUAGUACAGUAGUAUUUUGUAUCCGAGAGCCAAGGAGACAAAGAAUGCCUGUUAUGCGUCUAAGGAAGUACUAAUAUUGGUUGUUAACCAUGCAAAACAACUCCAAGCGGCCACUGAUGCUGCUUGAUUGUAUUUGCCUUUAGGCUUGAAUGGACCAAUGCACAUUUUUUUGUGAUUGUUUUUAUAAGGCGAUACAUUUGUGUACUAGUUUACAUAAGUAUUCAGACCCUUUGCUAUGAGAUUUGACAUUCAAUCCAAUGAAUUAGGUUGGACGCCCAGGUGCGUCCUGUUGCCAUUCAUCAUCCUUGAGAUGUGGUUAAAUCAAUUGAUUGGACAUGAUUUGGAAAGGCACACACCUGUCGAUAUAAGGUCCCACAGUUGACAGUGCAUGUCAGAACAAAAACCAAGCCAUGAAGUCGAAGGAAUUGUCCAUAGAGCUCCGAGACAGGAUUGUGUCGAGGCACCAAUCUGGGGAAGCGUAGCAAAAAAAAUAAUUCUGCAGCAUUGAAGGUCCCAAGAACACAGUGGCCUCCAUCCUUAAAUGGAAGAAGGUUGGAACCACCAAGACUCUUCUUAGAGCUGGCCGCCCAGCCAAACUGAGCAAUCGGGGGAGAAGGGCCUUGGUCAGGGAGGUGACCAAGAACCCCAUGGUCACUCUGACAGAGCUCCAGAGUUCCUCUGUGGAGAUGAGAGAACAUUCCAGAAGGACAACCAUCUCUGCAGC